AUGUUCUAUGUCACAGCAGCGCCACCCAACAGUACCACUCCCGACAACAGCACCACCCUAGACAGAAGGGACGAGACAGCGAUAGGAGUCGUUGUCGGCAAACAGCAAACCAACGGUUUGGACUCCAGCACCGCAUGGGCUGUCGCCGUUCCAGGAUAUGUGUCAGACAGUUGCCAGUACGCGCGUGGGCGCUGGCCGAAUGCUGGAAAGUGGACGGAGGGGAAGGAUACCGAGUGCAUGACGUUUCAACGUCUUGAGAACAAGUGGCAGUAUAAGAUAUGCCCUUGGGACGUUGACAACGCCUCCAGCAAGUAUGCCCACGGCUUGAAAGGUGACGAGUGGUACGGUCUCUGUCUGCCUAUCUCUGUUGAUUGGGAGGGAGAUUGCAAGUCCAAAGCGUCCUUUUCCCCUUACUUCGUGUGCAUCCUCGGAACGAAAGCGAUCGAAAGCCCAGGCCAGCUCCUAGUGCCGUCUAAGUGA